CUUUCUUCUUUAAUUCAUUUUACACUCCUUUAGCAUCUCUCUUUCUUUCUUUCUUUUUUUAUGCGAAUUACACUCCUUACUGCUUUUACUGCCUUUUUGUUCUCUCUCGCUGUAGCUCAAUCUUCUUCUGCACCUUUUUAUAUUACGAAUCCUAUAGAAGGUACUGUCUUUAAAGGAGGUUCUAGUGCUUCAAUUCAAUGGUCAAAUGGCCUUGAUCAAAUUGCAAAAGUCAGUCUUUUAACAGGCACAAACGCCUUUACCAUGCAGUCUACUGGUAUUACGUUCAACAUCAAUGGCAGCUUAGAAGAAUAUACUUGGAAAGUACCUAAAGAUCUUCCUCAAGGUGCCACUUUUGCCAUAAAGAUUGAUUAUACGAAAGAUGGAACUGUUGGUAGUACAUAUUCAAGUCCCUUCUUAAUUACAAAUACAACAGGAGCAAUUGUAACCGAAUCAUUUGUCUCUACCAAAUCAAGCAUUGUAUCCUCUUCUUUGCCUUCUUCCACAAUUGGUUAUGUGUCUCUUACUACAGUUGUACUCAACCCUGCUUCUUCCAUUGCUUCUGUAUCGAGCAUCAGCAAUGCCAAUAUCAGCAGUGCUAGUUUCUCAAGUACAGCAGCGUCCCUAAGUAUAACCACUGUACUUCCACCUUCUACAACAAAAAGCAUUUUUUUGCCUUCAAGCGCAACUGCAUUUGCUACUACCACACCUCAAAUACCUAAUAAUGGAUCUAAAAAAUUACCUGCAGCAUAUAUAUUUGCUUUAAUGAGUUUAAUACUAGUUUAUUUACAUUAA